AUGAUAAGUUAGGCAUUAAAUUUAAAAAUUCUUAAGUUUAAUUUGUCAGUUUUAACAUAAAUUAGCCGUUUGGCUUAUCUAUUUUAAUAUUUUAAGCUACUUCAAAAUAAUCUAAUUUGCAAACGCAAAUGCUCUAAAGCAACAACUUAUUAAACGUAAUAUCAUAAAUAGUAUUUUUUACUUCCACUCUUUUUAACUAUUUAUAGUUUAUUGGUUGCAAAAAAUUUAUUAUCAUCUACUCAAAAGGUUUCCUUUAUUAAGUUUUUAAAUCAGUAAUUUUAUCUAUUAUAAAAGAAUCUUCAUAUUUCAUGUUUUUUGUCUACAAACCCUCAUAAAAUAAUAUGUUACAAGUAAUGGAUUGAAUAGAUUUUUUACAAUUCAUAAAUAACUCAUUUAUGA